CUUUCCUCGACUUCCUCGUUCGCAAGCGAUCUCGUCUACUCGUCGCGUCUCGUCGGUGGCGGUCGCUUCAGUGAGGGUAGCCUCUCUCAUUUGCGGCGGGAAGGUGCGGUAGCCUCUUUAGCCGGCACAAAGAACCGCCGACAUGAGCGGUUACCUCGGUGAUCUGAGUGAAAAGCAGCAGCAAGCCCUUGAUGAGUUCAAGCGGCGUAUCCAAGACAUCUGGAAAGAGGAGUUCACGGAUCACUUCCUGCUUCGAUGGCUCAGAGCACGGGAGUUCGACGUCAACAAGGCGGAGCACAUGCUACGUGAGAAUCAAGAAUGGCGACGUCGGAACAACAUGGACUCCAUCCUGGAGACGUACCAGUGGCCAGAGGUGCUGAAACGUUAUUUUCCGGGCGGGAUGUGCAACCACGACCGAGGCGGCCGGACCGUCUGGAUUAUGCGCUUCGGCAACUGUGAUUAUAAAGGAAUGCUGCAGUGUGUUUCCAAGGAGGAGCUGCACAAGGCGUGCUACUAUCAACUUGAACAGGUCGCUCUAGACAUGAAGACCCAGAGCGAGAAGUUGGGGAAGAACCUGGAGACCGUGACCGUUGUGGUUGACUACGAAAACUUCAGCUUGAAACAGGUGUACAGCUUCCAAGUAAUCGAGUUUCUGAGGGAGAUGAUGGGUCAGUACGACGCCAACUACCCCGAGACGCUCGAGCGGUGUGUGUUUAUCAACACUCCCAGUUUCUUCCCCUUCUUCUGGAAGCUGGUGCGGAACUUCAUAGCGGAGAAGACGGCAACUAAAAUUGAAGUAUUUGCACAUGAAGGCUGGAAGCCGGCAUUACUCGAGUACAUAGACCCUUCUCAGCUUCCGGUGCACUGGGGCGGGGAGCUUCUUGGACCGGAUGGCGACCCAGAGUGUUCUCACAUGAUCGGGCGCGGAGGCGAGGUUCCCGUCGAGCUGUAUCUGAAGAACGGGCCCAAGGUCUUGGAUGAUCCCCACUCUGUCAACUGCUUCCUCGAGAGGGGCGAGCAUCUCGAGGUCCCCGUCCAAGUGGAGCGCGCCGGCUGCAUCCUUCGCUGGAAGUUCCAGACGAGCCCUGGUCACGACGUGGACUUCAGCGUCACGCGCGGGCCCACCGGAAAGGGGAAACAGAAAGAACAAGUCAUGCAGGUCACCAGGAUCAGGUGUGACCUCGUGCCGGAGACGGGGCAGCUGGAAAACCCCGAAAUCGGAACAUAUAUUUUCAGAUUUGACAACAGCUUUAGCUGGUUCACCAAGAAGCGGCUUUCUUACGUUUUGCAAGUGAUCUCUCCCGAAGACGUCCCUGCUCCGGGCAGCUAGUGAUUGACUGCUUAUAUUUGCCUGUUUGGUAUUUUUAAAGAUGCAGAUUAAAGUUAUCGGAAGUAAAGAUGAAAUAAAAAUACCUCGACGAUUAUUUUCCACUAUACGCGACGAUGAACGAAGUAUGUUUCGUGCGAAAUCUUGAUGUCGUUUGUUAUAUAGAAGCUCAUUAUAUAUUUUCCAUAUCAGACCGUGCCCCGAAACGUUCCAUAUCUUUAGAGAGAGAGAAAGAAAGAGAUAAUCAACGUCUCUUAAAGCGCUAUAGUCGGUGCCCAGUCUUUAGAGAUUGCUAAUAAUUAAAAAAAAAAAAAAAACGAUGGUUGAAAAACGAGGGACAAGUUCUUUUUUGUUUUUUGAUUAGAGACCUUGGCGCUCAAGUAAGCGCAACAAUAACCACUUGUACCCACAACAUGUACAGUCAUCGGCUACUAAAGUAAAAGAAAGAAAUACUUGCUUCAGACGCAUAGAUUUUGAUCUAUCACGAUGUUGCUAAUGCUGCACGAAACCCUUUCUUAUUUUGAGCUCAGGAGUUACAGAGAGUAGGUUCUUAAUGGGCGCGUUCAGUAGCGGCUUCCUCAGCUCCGAACAGGGUAGCUCUAGUCAGGGUUCUCGAAGCGUCUACUAAAC